AUGGAGGAGUGGUUCUUAAGCUUGUGUUUCGCAACAGCAUGCACGCUACUAGCCCUUUUGUUUGUCAGGCUGUCCGGCGGCAAUAACAGGCCGGCCGCCAAAAAGCAGCUGCCUCCAGGUCCAUGGACUCUCCCCAUCAUCGGCAGCCUCCACCACGUCAUCAGCCUCCUCCCGCAUCGCGCGAUGAUGAAGCUAUCUCGCAGGCACGGGCCGUUGAUGGUCCUCAGGCUAGGCGAGGUCCCCAUCGUGGUUGUCUCGAGCGCCGAGGCAGCGGCGCUGGUGAUGAAGACCAACGACCUUUCGUUCGCCGACCGGCCGCGCAGCGUUACGGUGGACAUCUUCGGCUGCGGAGGCAAGGACGUGGCCUUCGCCGCCUACGGUGACCACUGGCGUCAGAUGCGCAAGAUCUGCGUCAUGGAGCUCCUCAGCUCGACGCAGGUGAAGCGCAUGGAGGGCAUCAGGGCUGACGAGGUGGGCAGCCUCCUCCGCAACAUCGCGGCCACCGCAUCGACCGGUGCCCCCAUCAACGUCAGCGAGAAGGUGAUGGCGCUCAGCAACGACGUGGUGACGCGUGCGGUUUUCGGCGGCAAAUUUGCACAGCAGUGCGAGUACCUCCACGAGUUGAAAGAGGCGUUGAGGCUGCUGGGCAGCUUCUCUCCGGUUGACCUCUUCCCCUCAUCGCGGCUGGUGCGGUGGUUGAGCAGCGAUGAGCGCCACAUGAAGAGAAGCUAUGGCCGCAUACAGCACAUCAUUGCCAAUGUCAUCGAGGAGCGCAAGGCGGUGCCAGCCUCCAUCGCCGGGGAUGAGGACCUGCUGGACGUGCUGCUCAGGCUGCAGCACGAGGACUCGCUGGAAUUCCCUCUAACCACGCAAACAAUAGGCGCAGUCUUGUUCGACAUAUUUGCAGCUGCUACGGACACUACAGGAACCACGUUGGCAUGGGCCAUGUCUGAGCUUAUGCAUAGUCCUGAGACUAUGGAAAAAACACAACAAGAAGUACGUGAGGUGUUGGGUGAGAACAAAGCUCUCAUUACCAAUAGUGACAUCCCUAAACUCCAGUCGGUGCAGAUGGUCAUCAAGGAAACCCUUAGGUUGCAUCCACCCGCUCCUCUAGUUCCACGCGCAGCCAGAGAGGAUUGUAUUAUCAUGGGUUAUGAUAUCCCUAAAGGUAUCAAUGUAUUAAUCUAUUCUCAAUCUCCCAUGAUCCUGCAUAUUGGAACAAUCCUGGAGAGUUUAGACCAGAGAGGUUUGAGAACAACAACGUGA